AGCAAGAUGAGUAAGCUUUCUGUUUAUGCUUGUUUACUCAACUUGAGUCUUUUGGUUAUUUUUCCUUAUAGCAAAGCUAGUCAGGCUGAUAAACUUGAUGAGUUUAUUAUGUCAAGAAGCUCACAGAAUGCUCCUAUGACUUUUUCUUGGGAAGAAAAAGAUGAAGUGAAAACAUAUUCAUCUGCUUAUGUUGCACCUCAAGAGGGGCUAAGGCUAGCUGAUAAAAUUGACACAUUGCCUGGUCAACCUUAUGGAGUUGAUUUUGACCAUUACUCUGGCUAUGUCACUGUUGAUCCUAAGGCUGGAAGAGAACUUUUCUAUUAUUUUGCUGAGUCUCCAUAUUUCCCUUCAUCUAAACCUUUAAUAUUGUGGCUAAAUGGAGGACCUGGUUGUUCCUCACUGGGAUAUGGAGCCUUUGAGGAGCUAGGACCCUUCAGAGUAAACUCUGAUGGAAAAACACUAUACCGUAACAAAUAUGCUUGGAAUGAAGUGGCAAAUGUGCUCUUCUUGGAGUCCCCAGCAGGAGUAGGAUUUUCCUACUCAGACACUACUUCUGACUAUGACAAAUCAGGAGAUAAAAGAACUGCCAAUGAUGCCUAUGUCUUCCUUAUCAACUGGCUGGAGAGGUUUCCACAGUACAAAACCAGAGAUUUUUACAUAACUGGAGAGAGUUAUGCUGGUCACUAUGUUCCUCAGCUAGCAUACACUAUUCUUUCCAACAAUAAACUCUAUAACAAAACCAUUAUUAACCUCAAAGGAAUUUCAAUAGGAAAUGCAUGGAUUGAUGAUGCAACAAGUUUGAAGGGGUUAUAUGAUUACUUUUGGACUCAUGCUUUGAACUCAGAUCAAACUCAUGAGCUGAUUGAUAAGUACUGUGACUUCACUUCCGAAAAAAUUUCAGCAAUUUGUGUCAAUGCAACAGAAAAGGCCUUAAUUGAGAAAGGACACAUAGACUUCUAUAACAUCUAUGCUCCACAGUGUCAUGACUCUUCUCUCAAAAAUGGUUCCACUGGUUCUGUAUAUGAAUUUGACCCUUGUUCUGAUAACUAUGGUAUUGCCUAUCUAAAUAGACCAGAGGUCCAAAAGGCUCUUCAUGCAAAACCUACAAAUUGGACCCAUUGCAGCGAUGUGAUUUUGAAAUGGAACGACAGCCCAGUUACCAUACUACCCACCAUCAAGUAUCUCAUUGAUAGUGGCAUUAAAUUAUGGAUAUACAGUGGUGAUACAGAUGCAAGGGUUCCAGUCACAUCUUCAAGGUAUUCAAUUAACACCCUCAAGCUCCCUAUCACAGCCGCUUGGCGUCCAUGGUAUUCCGGAAAAGAGGUUGGAGGAUAUGUGGAGGGAUACAAAGGAUUGACAUUGGUUACGGUGAGAGGAGCUGGACAUCUUGUUCCAAGUUGGCAACCAGCACGGGCAUUGACCUUGAUCUCAUCAUUCAUCUAUGGAAUCCUGCCUCCUGUUUCACCAUCAAAUUAAUUAAUUAUUAGUGUGAUCCAUGUCUCAAAUUUUACCUUUUUGAAAAAAAUGCACUUUGUGCGGAAUCUACUUGUUAGAUUGUAAUAAAAAUUUCAGUUUUAAAUUUUAAUUACAAGUUUAGUCACAUGUGAUGUGCCA